GAGAAGCAGCCACUCUGCCCCUGCUCGGCCGGCUCAGGACAGGAUCUCGAUUCACGAGCGAGUCCGCCAGCGCCAGAGGAUUUCGGCAAUUCAGGUCGCGGGAGGAGAUGGAGGUCGAGGAUGGAGCACCCUCGAUAUUCUCCACGGCAGCUAGAAGCUUGGCCCUGGUGCCUGCGAGGUCCAAGGCGACGAAGCCGACGCCUGUGAGCUCGGGCGGAUCGAAGAAGAAGAAGAAGCGAGAGAAAUCCAGCGCAGGGAAUGCUGAGCCCGACGAUCACGAUGAAGGGCCCGAGACGCUGCGGACUUUCGAGAGUUUGGGUUUGUCGACGUGGUUGCAAGUCACGUGCAAGGAGCUCGGAAUGGCGCGACCGACUCCUGUUCAGGAGGGAUGCAUUCCUCAGAUUCUGAAUGGGAAAGAUGUGUUCGGUAUGGCGCAGACGGGUAGUGGAAAAACCGCCGCUUUUGCUCUGCCAAUUCUGCAGAAAUUGGCCGAGAAUCCCUACGGUAUUUACGCUCUCGUCCUGACUCCUACGCGAGAGCUAGCAUUCCAGAUCGCGGAUCAGUUUAAUGCUCUCGGGUCUGCCAUGAGUCUGCGAUGCACGGUUGUCGUCGGCGGCAUGGAGAUGACAGCCCAGGCUCAGGCGCUCAUGAACAGGCCUCACGUGGUGAUUGCGACCCCGGGCCGAAUGAAGGACCAUCUUAUUAGCGAUCCCGACAUGCCUGGCUACUUUUCUAAAGCAAAGUUCCUCGUUCUAGAUGAAGCAGACCGACUGCUGGAGGUCGGAUUUGAGGGAGAGAUGAGAACUAUUUUGCAGAGCAUGCCUAGCAGCAGACAGACUCUCUUAUUCUCUGCAACCAUGACUGGAAACUUGAAGGCUUUACACGAGCUUUCAUCCGAUAAAGCUUUUUUCUACGAAGCUUACCAAGGUUUCAAAACUGUGGAGACACUGAAGCAAGAGUAUAUAUUCCUGCCCGCGAACGUGAAGGACGUGUACCUGCUGCACCUAUUGAGCAAUUUGGAAGACGACUCUGUCCGAUCUGUCAUCAUUUUCGCCUCCAGCUGCAGGACUUGUCACCUCUUAAGUCUCAUAAUGGAGGAGAUGGACGUGGACACGGUCGCACUUCACUCGAUGAAAACACAACAACAAAGAUUGGCGUCAUUGAGUCGGUUCAAAGCGGGCCAGGUGCCUAUACUGAUCGCUACCGAUGUGGCCAGCAGAGGUCUUGACAUACCGACGGUUGAUCUUGUCAUCAACUACGAUAUUCCAAGAAUGGCUCGUGAUUACGUACAUCGUGUUGGAAGAACAGCUCGUGCCGGCAGAGGUGGUUGCGCAAUCAGCCUGGUAACCCAGUACGAUGUGGAGCUUGUUCAGGAGAUCGAAAAGGUCGUCGGUAAGAAGCUGGAAGAACAUGAAACUAAGGAGGAUGAGGUUCUCAAGGGCAUCACGGCGGUGUACAAGGCUAAACGGGUCGCAGCAUUAAAAAUGCUGGACAGUGGUUUUGAGGACAAGGUUAAAGCUCGCAGAGACUUAAAGGACAAAGGCAAGCGCCGGAGGGAGGAGGACAAGUCAAAUAAUGUGGAGAAAAGGGAGAUGAAGAGGAAGCAGAAAUGACCUCGUCUCAAUCUUAGAUCAGAAGGCUUAAACUAGAUUUACAACCGCUUUCUCCCCGAAUCACAUAGGACUUGGAUCAUGUACCAAUUUAUCUUGUAAGAGCACAGUUUUUCGGAAGAGCCGAAAGCAACGAAAUUAGUAAUGAACUCAGCCGUGUUGGCAGAUACCAAGGGUUGAAAGAGGGUCGAGGAUGAUAUAGAACAUGCGUAGUUGAGAACGGUUGCAUGCUGAGGCAGGUGGAGGUUUAGAAUGCCUUCCAGAGGUCAGUGGUUGUAGCAGAUUUUGCAGAUAGAUCUCUUCUUUACUGAACAGCUAGUUCAUAGUAGUGCGGCUCCUUGAGUAGGGAUGGUUGGAACGAAGCAGUCUGUAACAUUUCCAAUGUGUGAGGUGGCUGCUUUCUUCUUCCAUGAGAAUGUAGAGAGCUGUAUGGAGUAUUUAAAGGUUGUGGAUGAUUCUUUUAGGAGAUUCUUGUUCUGGACGAGAAAGAUCCAGCCGAGACAAAACACUUACAUUUAUCAUUUAAUUCUUGUAUAAUAUGGUGCUGAUUAGUUUUCAUAUUAUCUGUAUUGCACUGAGCAACGCUUC